AUGCUACGUACGGCAUCAAAACACUACUUACACACAUUAACCAACAUGUCUAAAUUCUACACCUUCACUGCAACAAAAAAUAACGGCGAGCCUUUCCCAAUGGAAGACUUGAAGGGCAAGGUUGUUCUGAUCGUCAACACAGCCUCCAAGUGUGGAUUCACCCCGCAAUACGAAGGUCUUGAGGAGUUGUACAAGAAGUACAAGGACCAGGGCUUUACGAUCAUUGGUUUCCCAUGCAACCAGUUUGCAGGCCAGGAGCCAGGCUCCCCUGAAGAAAUUGCGGAAUUCUGCAAGAUCAACUAUGGUGUCUCCUUCCCGAUAAUGAAGAAGAUUGACGUCAAUGGAUCCAAUGCUGACCCACUUUACGAGUGGUUGAAGGCCGAAAAACCAGGUCUUUUGGGAUUCAAGGGAAUCAAGUGGAAUUUCGAAAAGUUUCUAGUUGAUAAAGAGGGUAAUGUUGUCAACAGAUAUUCUUCUAUCAAGACCCCUGCUGCUAUUGAGGGAGAUAUCGAAAAAUUACUUAAACAGUAG